AUGGAAAAAAAAGACGAAACAAAACCUUUAGUAACAAUUAAAAAAGAAAUUGUACGUCAAGAACGUUGGUAUUUUGGUGGUUUAGCUGGUAUACUUGCUGCAUGUUGUACUCAUCCACUUGACACAUUAAAGGUUCAAUUACAAACCCAACAACGAGCUGAUUAUGGACUUAUUUCAAUGGCAGCCAAGGUUAUACGUGAUGAUGGAUUUUUAGCACUUUAUAAUGGUUUAUCGGCAUCAUGUCUUCGUCAAGCAACAUAUACAACAACACGUUUUGCUAUAUAUGGUAGUGUUCGAUCACUUCGACCAAAUUCAAAUUUAAGUUUUAUCGAAAAAAUUUCUCUUGCUGCUGUUUCGGGAGCUGUUGGAGCAUUUGUUGGUGCACCUGCCGAUCUUGUUAAUGUUCGUAUGCAAAAUGAUCCGAAAUUACCAAAAGAACAACGACGAAAUUAUAAACAUGCUAUUGAUGGAAUUGUUCGAAUAUGUCGAGAAGAAGGACCUAAAAAAUUAUUGAAUGGUGCAUCAAUGGCUGUUAUUCGAGGAGCUUUUGUAACUGUUGGGCAAAUUGCUUUUUAUGAACAGGUUAAACAAGUAUUAUUAGCUAGUGGUUAUUUUAAAGAUAAUAUUAUAACACAUUUUACAUCAAGUUUUGCUGCUGGUGCUGGAGCAACAUUAUUAACAAUGCCAUUAGAUGUUAUGAAAACACGAAUGAUGAAUGCACCACCAGGAACAUAUAAUUCUUUACUUGAUUGUUUUAAAGAUAUUAUGAAAGUUGGUCCAGCUGGACUUUUUAAAGGAUUUAUGCCAGCUUUUAUACGACUUGGUCCACAUACUAUUUUAAUGUUUAUCUUUCUUGAACAACUUAAAAUAAAUUUUGGUUACAUUAAAAAAGAUAAACAAUAA